CUCCUGCUGGACUCGUGCUGUCGUCGCGUGUGUUUGUGACGCGCUCUCGCGCCGCAGAGACGCGGUUUCUUCUCCUCUUUCUCCUCUUUCUCCUCCUUCGCGUCUGUUCGUGUCACUUUGCCGUUUCGUGAUCAUGGUUUUAGUUUCCUUCCUCGGACUCCCCGGUGUCCUGCAGUUUAACCGGAGGCGUGAGCGUCUGUGAACAGAGCUGGAUCUCCCCGGAUACACGAGGCUUUAUUCAGCACCAAGAGUUUGACCCUGAGCAGAAUGCCCCGGAGGAAACAAGAAGCGCCCAAACGCGCCCCAGCCUAUUCCCCUGAGGAUGUGGUGGAGCAGAGCGUGGACACGGAGGAGGCUCGUGAUGGUGUCCGGUCGCCGGCCCCUCAGGACGACCUUCCCACAAAAGAGGAGUUUGAUGAUCAGAGCGAAGGCCCGGCCAAAGACCAAGCCUGUGAGCGUGACUCUGCUGGAGGGACAGAGCUCUCCGGACAGGACAUGGACAGUGAAUCACAUGUGAGUGAGACGAGCGAUUGCCUGUCUGACUUUGAGAGCCCCCCCAGAAAACCGGAGCUGGUCACAGCACCUUUGAACGGGGGCGCCAAGACUCCCCCUAUAGGCAUGGACACUCUGGAGCAGAUGAAGGCCAUCUACUCCAGCUUUCUCAGCACCUCCUUCUGGUCACCCCUGAACUUGAAUUCCACACAGUCCCCGACACAACCAGCCCCCGCCCCCACUGAAAAACCCACCCGCAGCAACAGCACUAGCAGCAGCAGUAGCAGCAGCAGCAGUAGUUAUGACUGGCACCAGUCCGCUGUGGCUAAAACACUACAGCAGCAGCCUCCCCAAAGUCGCCACAGCUCUCAGACUGAGCCCAGUCUGUUCAGUACAGUUCAGCUUCACAGGCAGAACCCAAAGCUGUUCGGCUCCUUAUUUACAGGGGCCAGUAAAUUCCGCUGUAAGGGCUGCAGCGCUGCUUACGACACUCUAGUGGAACUGACAGUGCACAUGAAUGAGACAGGCCAUUACAGAGAUGAUAACCAGGACAAAGCAGGCGCAGGAUCCAAGCGCUGGUCCAAGCCCCGCAAACGCUCUCUACUGGAAAUGGAAGGGAAGGAAGACGCAGAGAAAGUCCUUAAGUGCAUGUACUGUGGCCACUCGUUUGAAUCUCUCCAAGACCUGAGUGUCCACAUGAUAAAGACCAAACACUACCAGAAAGUGCCCUUAAAGGAGCCCAUGGCCCCUGUGGCAGCCAAAAUCAUAUCUAAUAAGAAAAGGGGGCUUGUUGGUUUGGAUCUGACUUCUUCUCGGACGAAAGAAGAAACCCCCAAACCUAAAACAGAGCCGAGUGAAUCCUCUCAAAAAACCUCCUCUUCGGCCUGUACUCCUUCUAGUAACCGCUAUGGCCACCAGAACGGGGCUAGCUACGCCUGGCAGUUUGAAUCUAACAAAUUACAAAUCCUGAAGUGCAUGGAGUGUGGAAGUUCACAUAACACACUGCAAGAACUGAGAAGUCACAUGAUGGUGACAGGACAUUUCCUAAGGGUGACUAGCUCAGUUGGAAAGAAAGUUAAAACACUCCCGGAAGCCACCUCCCCUAAUCCUGCAAGAGUCACAAGUCCCACCGAACAUAGGGUCCAAUCUGUGCCCCUUGCCCCGACCACUUUCUCCCCCACACCCCUUCAAACCCCUCCCGCUACUUCUCCUCCUCUCUUAGAAGUAAAAAAAGAGGAGGUGGAAGAGGAAUGCACUAAACCGGAAACUGACACAAAAGAAAAGUUUGUUUCAGUCUUGGCUGGAAAGGAAGAGGCUGUGGAGAAGGAGGAGAAAUAUGACAUUUCAAAAUACAGCUAUCUAACAGAAGAAGACUUAAAGGAGAGCCCAAAAGGAGGCGUUGAUAUUCUUAAAUCAUUAGAAAACACUGUUACCUCAGCUAUCAACAAAGCCCAAAGUGGAAACCCAAGCUGGGGCGGUUACCCGAGUAUUCACGCAGCCUACCAGUUCCCCAGUGCCCUUAAACUCCAACAUGGCAGCCUGGAUAAGAACUCCCCAAUUAAGUUUUUGUUCAACGGAGGUAGCACAGUCCCCUCUAUCGCCAAGAACCAGCCCCUUAUUUCUCCUCCUCUUACACAAUCCUCUCCCUUUUCCAACAACAACUUCCAAGCAAUGGAGGACUUAGUGAAAAAAGUGUCAGAGAAAGUAGCCAAGGUAGAGCAGAGAGUGAAGCAGUGGUCACCUAAGCUAGAAAACAAUCACUCUCCCUGUAGUAGUGAAACCGGAGAUUCACACAAAGGUGGGGAGUCUCCGGGGGAGUGGAGGGCGGUCACUCCAGCCAAUAGUGACAAGGGAAGCCAUAGCGACCGCGCAUCCCCGGUAACAGAGCCCAAGAGGGAGGCAGAGGCCAAGUCCCCGCUGAUUUCUAGUCUCAAAAGCAGCACAGCAAUUAUCACUGGCCACGCUCCUCCAGAACAGCCUUUCGUCAACCCUUUAAGUGCUCUUCAGUCCGUCAUGAACAUUCAUUUAGGGAAGGCAGCCAAGCCCUCGUUGCCAAACCAAGAUCCCCUGAGUCUACUCUCGAGACUUAGCCAGAGCAUGGCCGAAAAAGCUGCAGUGGCCACGCCCCCCUCCCAGACCAAAAAACACGAAAGCGUAGCCGACAAUAGCAUGUGUCUACCCUGCGACGACCAACCCAUGGACCUAACUAAAGGGAAGAGCGACAGGAGCAGCUCCGCGUGUCCCGCCCCCUCGACCCCAUCCUCAACCGCCUCCUCCAUCUCGCCAGCGUCCCUCGUCACCCCGGCCAAGCUAACCGUAGUAUCUCCGUACACUUCUAGCAGCCCGCUACACGAAAACGCUCUGUCAGAUAUCUCGGACAUGCUCAGAAACCUCACGCAGUCGAACCACGUCUCCAAACCGCCCUCCCGUUUGCGAAUCCCUGACAAAGUAGAGCUGGCGGGAUCUACCCCUGACGACGACGACGCGACUCUUCACGGUCACAAACGCAAAGGCCGACACUCAAAUUGGAACCCCCAGCACCUACUCCUCCUACAGGCCCAGUUCGCCUCAAGUCUUCGGCAAACGUCUGACGGAAAGUACAUCAUAAACGACUUAAGCCCGCAAGAGAGAAUGCACGUGUCUCGCUUCACCGGCCUUUCGAUGACCACUAUUAGUCACUGGUUGGCCAAUGUUAAAUACCAACUUAGACGGACUGGACGGACCAAAUUCCUCAAAAAUCUGGAUUCUGGUCAGCCGAUAUUCUUCUGUAGUGACUGCGCUUCACAAAUUCGGACCCCGGCGGCGUACGUGUGCCACCUGGAGGCUCACUUGGGGUUUAAAAUCAGGGACUUGGCAAAACUGUCUCCCAAACAGACUGCAAGGGACUCUCACGCUCUCACUGACAAACUGGUGCCCCUGGAUUCCUUCCUCUCCUCGCAGUCGCUCGAUGACUGCAGUAGCAACGGGGCUGUGUACCACUGCCAGCUCUGCGUCCGUAAAUUUGCCACUAAGCACGCCAUCAAGCUUCACCUCAGCAAGAGCCACGGGAAGUCUCCGGAGGACCAUCUGCUGUAUGUGUGCGAGUUAGACAAACACUAAAGUACUGUAGAAAGAGAAAAUACCAAGUCUCUUUAGAGAGUCUAUAUACGUACAGUGUGAUAAUGCACAAAGACGCCACAAACUGCUGUUCAGAUGUCAGCACAAUGUGUUUACACGUGUCAACCAUUUCUCAAUUCCAUGUAUUUCACAACAAAAAAAAAAAAAACUGUCACUGUCAAAUAUAUGUUGUAGGUGAGAGAUUUCCAGCUCGGUGUCAGCUUUGUCGUUCCCUCACUAUAAUUAUCUUAGGCUGAACCCGGUGAAGCUCUUGUCGAGAAGGCCAGCUAAUAACUUGAAGUAUUUUAACUUAAUUUAUUUUGUAUUUUUGUGACUCAGAUUUGCUGAUAGACUGCAUGUUCUAAACUGCAUUUGUACAGUCCUGUCAAGUCUAAAUUUCAAAUCCUUUUCGACUGCCCCAAAAUAGCCAAACACCUGGGAGAGCUCCUUGAAAAGUGUUUGCCAAACAAAACUCUUUUGCCUGUUUUUAUAGUUUCUCUUUUGGUUCUGCUGAUUGUAAAAGCUGCCUUGUUCUUUAUCACUGAGUAAGGGGUGCUCCGAAUCCAGGUCUGUGUAAAAAUGUACAUAUAUAGUGUAUAAGCUUACGACGUAAUGUUUAAAUUAUGCAUAUUUUACUUGUUAUAUUUCCUAAUUUAAAAGGAUGACUAUCCACUGGUGCAGAGCCUUUCAAGAAGAUGACAAAGGACAUUGUUUUGCACAAUAGUUUUAUAAAUGUUAUUUGAUAAAAAAAAAAUACAAAUAUGUUAAUGCCUUGUGCUUCUAUGAUUAAAUUGAAUUAACUGCUGCAUAAAA